CUACCACAAAUUUACAAAUUGCUAUAUAAACAACUUGAUACUUAUCGGUUCAGUUAAUUAUUCGCAAACAUUAAAAUGAAAUUCUUACACAUUUUAUCAUUAUUAUUGGUGGCUUUGGUGGCCUAUACCACGGCCCAGAGAUGUCCUGGCAGACCACGUAAUCCUUCUUGUUUUGGAAUUCGUCUUGAUGGUCGUGGUGGUCCCCGUUGUACUGCUCGUAAUCUGUGGUAUUUCGAUCCUCGUGCCCGACAAUGUCGUCCAAUGCGUUACUUGGGCUGUGGUGGCAACAGAAAUCGUUGGUGUGAUCGUGCUUCCUGUGAACGGGGUUGUCGUCGUUAAGUUUUUAUCCCUAUUGGAAUGUAUUGAUUAUCUGAAUUUUUAAAUUAAUAAAAUAGCUUCAUUAUAUUAUGCAAA